AUGCUGGAAUUCUCGCUGCUCCUUGUCUUCACCACAUCCCAAGUGUUGGCCUAUUCGAUAACCCCGCAAAUGCAGCCAGGAAUCACGGAAGAAUUGCGAAGAAAUCAAGAAAGUUUGGAGAUUUUGGGAAGAACUAUUGAAAUUCCGGAAUGGAUUGGUGAUGUGAAGCAGUUUUGGAGUGAAACGUUUGGGGGAGCCUCUGAGGUAAUUGAAGAAUCACAUGGUUUUGAAUUCGAUAGAAAAUCUGAUGUUGAGCUAAGCUAGGAAUAUGAGUUAGGACGUUGCAAAUUGUGAAAGUUGUGAUAUUAAAUACAAAACCAUUGAUUCACUAGAAACUCUGAACUUCAUCAAAAUUCUUCUAUAUUUCAGAAAUCAUCACGUCGCGUUUCGUUCAUGCAAAAUUUGAAGAAAGAUGAAUCGGCACGAAUUAUGUUGGCAAUCUAUUUGAAUUUGUUUGUUUUGAUUUUGGUCUAUGUUUUUAUUGCAUUCAAAUUGGUGAGUUUAGCUGAAAAUUAAGGAUUUCCAUCCAAAAUCUCUAAUUUCUUCCAGCUUCUUCAAUCAAUUCAAGAAAGCCAAGAAGAUCGGCGAAAGCGCAAAACUUUUAGAAGUCAUCGCUCAUUUGAUGGACCCGAUUAUAACAAUUUACCACUGGCUUCGAUUGCAACCCGAAAAAUGACUGAAACUGCACCGAUGUCCGUCGAAAAUCCAUUAACUGGUAGGAUUUUCAGACUUUCGAAACGAGAUAUAUUUUGCUGAAGAUCACAAAUUUUUAGAGAGAAAAAAAAUGCAUCCAAUUAUUUUUUCAUUCCGAUUUCCUGAGAGUGACAAAUGUACUUUUGAAAAAAUAAUGUAAAUUGGUUGAAAACUUGAAAAAAAAACAUUCUGCAAAAUGAGGAAUUUCAAAAAAAAUGCAAAUUUUUUUAAAAGGCCAUGACGUUCCAAAAAAUUUACAUUUUCAAUUAAAUUCCAAUUAUUUUUUCGUGCGAGUUUUCUGCAAAUGACACUUGCACUUUCUUGUCGGAAAAAAUGACUGACUGGCAAGGGAAACAUUUUGAAACCGGUUGAAAUAUUGAGAAAACCUGUAGGCCAAGCCGCAUAGCUUUAGAAUAAGAAUCCACGAAUUUAGAACAUGAGAUGGACGUGCGAGCUAAGUUAUUGGGCUCCAAAUGCGGAAACUAUCAAUUUUGAAAAAUUUAAUUACUUUCUAUGGAAAUUCUUUUCAACUUUCAUAAUUCCCAUUGAAAAUCAAUCCAAUUUUCUCCAGGUUUCGUCGAAAUGGCACGCGAAGCCGCCGAAGAAAGCGACAUUUACGACGACGACGAGGCUGAAGAAGAACAACUUCCCGCAACUUCUUCAUCUUCCCAAAAUCCUCAAUACGACCAAGUUCCAGCUCCAGUUAUGGCUCAAACCAUGGACGAGGAAAGUUUUUGA